CCAUUCAUUCAUCGUCCGUCAGUCGCAUUGUUGAAGUUAUUGAAUGUGGAUGGACGUUAGCGUUGGUUUUGUUGUUGUUUUGCAUUGUGUUGUGUACGGGUCGAAAAUUACAAAAAUUCCAAACGGGGAAAAUGUGCUGAAUAAACGAAAUUAAAUUCCAACGGCAAUCAUUUAAUUUUAGCAAUCACAAUCAGAUCCGACGGCUAAAAAUAAGAAAUAAGAAAAGGAACAUCUUCGGAUUUCCGCCCAACACUAAUUAAACUUUUAUCGGAAGUGUUGUCAAAAAGAGAAGAAAAAAACACUUUUCAGAAGUCAAACAAUGAAUCGUGGAUUACUGCGGCAAGGUUUAAUUGUUUUGGCGUCACAGUGAGAGGAGGCAUUACGUUUUAUGCUACUACUCCGACUGGGCGUUUGUUUUGCGAAACGAUUCGCAUUCGAAUUUUAUUGCAUGUAUCGGCUGCACGUUCUUUGCCUUGCUAUUAUUGUUGUUGCGAAUUGCAUCGCAUAAAUUUGGAAGCUAACCUGCCUGCACCCCAGCGCAUUGACGAGUGUGGGAUUGGUGUGCCUUGUUGUUAUUGUUGCAGUUGCUAUUGCUUUUGGGGAAAUAAACAAUUGAACAUUGUUUUGUUUGGCUUUGUGUCUGUCGAACUGUUUAUUGUUCGCAAAUUUUUAAUUAUUUGCGAUUUGUAUGUUUUAGCUUUCGAAACAAAAGAAAUGCGGCUGUUCAAUAAUCUUAAGUGCGGCAUUCCAUUCAUAAUUCUCACGGUGUGCGGUGUUUAUUCCGAUAUUGAGUUACGCGAUAAAUGCGAUAAAAAUGUUCCGAAUUUGUUUUGUGAAGGUGCGAUAAAGUCCAAUGGAGAGGUAACCGCACAAAAACCACCGCAUAUCAUUUUCAUUUUGGCUGACGAUUUGGGUUUUAAUGAUGUUGGCUUCAGAGGUUCUUCCGAAAUACCAACCCCAAACAUAGAUGCCUUGGCGUUUUCGGGUGUCAUUUUAAAUCGAUAUUAUGUCAAUCCAAUUUGUACACCAUCUCGGUCGGCGUUGAUGACGGGGAAAUAUCCCAUUCACACAGGGAUGCAACAUACGGUUCUUUAUGGAGCGGAGCCCCGUGGUCUACCACUGACAGAGAAACUCAUGCCACAAUACUUUAAUGAAUUGGGAUAUUCAUCACACAUUGCCGGCAAAUGGCAUCUCGGCCAUUACAAACACGAAUAUACUCCACUUUAUAGGGGGUUUUCAUCCCAUGUUGGAUUUUGGACGGGACACCAUGAUUAUUUCGAUCACACAGCCGUCGAAUCGGGACAAUGGGGUUUGGAUGUAAGAGAUGGUAUGAAUGUUGGCUACAAUUUGCAUGGGAAAUACACAACCGAUUUAGUCACUGAGGAAUCUUUAAGAGUUAUCUCCACCCACAACUCCACGAAACCACUAUUUUUAUAUGUUGCUCAUGCCGCAGUACAUUCAGGCAAUCCGUACGAUCCAUUGCGUGCUCCAGAUGCAGAUGUCUCCAAAAUGCAACAUAUUCAACAUUUUGGACGAAGGAAAUAUGCUGCUAUGGUUAGUAAACUUGAUGAGUCGGUUGGACGAAUUGUGCAGCAGUUACAAAAGCAAAAUAUGUUAAACGAUUCCAUAAUUGUGUUCAGCACCGAUAAUGGCGGACCAGCUGAGGGCUUUAAUUUGAAUCACGCUUCAAAUUGGCCACUGAGAGGUGUUAAGAACACCCUGUGGGAGGGAGGUGUCAGGGGUGCCGGACUAUUGUGGUCACCACGUCUAAAGAAGAAACGACGUUUGGCCGAACAAACAAUGCACAUCGUGGAUUGGUUACCCACACUGUUGUCGGCCAUCAAGGGGGAUGAAGCUCUCUUAAACAUAUCGUCAUUACCCUUGGACGGCAUAAGUAUCUGGGUUGCCUUGUCCAAUGAUGAUGUUUCACCGCGCAAAGCCAUUCUCCACAAUAUCGAUGACAUAUGGGGCAGUUCUGCCCUAACACGUAGUGAUUGGAAGGUUAUCGCUGGUACCCAUUAUAAUGGAGCCUGGGAUGGAUGGUAUGGACCGGCUGGUGAUCGUAAUGCUCGUUCAUACAAUUAUAAAGCUGUGCGCUCGAGCUUGGCUGGACGUUCUCUGGCCACCAUUGAUAUGCUACCCACAAUAGCAGAUAUUUCACGCAUGCGGAUAGAAGCGAAUAUUGAUUGCUCGGCACGCAUGCCCUAUUUGAAGGAGGGCACGGUGUGCAAACCUCUGGAGAAACCUUGCCUUUUUAAUGUCAAAGACGAUCCUUGCGAAAAGUACAAUUUAGCUCAUAAGUAUCCCAGUAUAUUGAAGGCAUUGUUAGAGGAAUUGCAUGUCAUUAAUGCCACUGCAGUACCUCCAUCUAAUAAGCCCUUAGACCCGAAUGGAUUUCCAAGUAAAUGGCAAUAUACAUGGACGAAUUUUGGAGAUUUUGAAGAAGGAAACGAAGUAGUUGGCUGUAUAUGAUAGAAUAUAUAUUUAAAAUGUAGACUAAGGUAUUUAAUAAACCACAGGAGAUUAUUACAUCGCA